UGAUGCUACUCGGCAGGUUGACUCCGUCAGUGCACUUUAAAUAGUAUAAUUAGAGUUUCGACCAUUUAAGUUGCAUUUCUUUGGCAUGUUGCACAAUAUUGAAUUCUGUUAAAAGCCAGUUAUUCUCCUUCCUCACAGUGACUGACCAAUCCCGGACACCAAUGACAGAUGAGCUGAUGUGAACCCAACUUUUGAUUGGUUUACACUGUUUAGGUUAGUGGGAAGUAGGAGAAAGUUUUUAGCCGAUCCAUCGAAGACGCGCAGGACUCACAGAGGAGACGCGCAGUGGAAAAAUGAUUUAGUUUCAUCUGAAAAACAGCUCAUUUGUUGCUGAACAUCUACAGUAUAGCUGGGAAUAAAACGUGCAAAGUGUUUUAAAGCCGGAGGAGGAGAAUUCAUAACAAGGAAAUGGCUGCGGGGAGAUUUGCGGCACUUCGCUGGAGUUUGCUGUCCGUCUGCGUCCUGUUGAUCUCUGCAGAGCAGAAAAACAUCACAGCUGAGUCUGGACAGAACGUCACUCUGACAUGUCGAGCCCCAAACAACAACAACAACAACAACAAAACCAUCGUAGGUGUAGAGUGGAGCAGAGCUGACCUGAAGGAAGAAUAUGUCCUUUUGUACCGCGAUGACUUUGAACUGUAUAAACAGCAUCCGGCCUUUAAGAGCCGGGUGGAUCUGCAGGACAGUCAGAUGAAGGAUGGAGACGUGUCUUUGAUUCUGAAGAACGUGACGACUGCUGACAGUGGAAGAUACGAGGCUCGUGUGAAGAUGGGAAAAACAUUCAGGAAGAGAGCUUAUCUGGACGGUGACCCCUUCUGUACCUUCAACCUGAGAGUUGUCCCUCAUGGGCAGAAAAUAAUCACAGCUGAGUCUGGACAGAACGUCACUCUGACAUGUCGAGGUCCAAAUCACAACAUCAUCGUUGUAGAGUGGAACAGAGCUGACCUGAAGUCACAGCAUGUGUUUGUAUGGUGGGAUGGUCAGGUUCUUCCAGAAGAGCAGCAUCAGUAUUUUAAGAACCGGGUGGAUCUGCAGGACAGACAGAUGAAGGAUGGAGACGUGUCUGUGAUUCUGAAGAACGUGAAGAUUAAUGAUGCUGGAACAUACGAGUGUCGUGUCCAGGGAGGAGAUGACAGUGUGGAGCUCAUCAGCAUCAUCUACCUGAGAGUUGUUCCUCCAGGUUCACCAGAACAAAACCAAGAAGAUGGAGGGAAGGAGGAUGGAGCCAGAAGAGCACAUCUUCCACUGGUGGUGCCACUGUAGAACAGUCCCCUGAGAACUGGUCCUCUGUGAGCAGGACUAGGCCGGAUGACCUGUCUAACCACUGGUCCACUGCGUACAGGACUACGGUGGAUGAUCUGUACAAUGACCGGUCCACUGCAAGCUGGACUAGGGUGGACAACCUGUCUUACCAUUGGUCCACUGUAAGCGGUACUAGGGUUGAGGACCUGUCCAACCACUGGUCCUCUACAAGUGAGACUAGGGUAAAAACAAUCCCAAUCCUCAGGGACACAAGUCGCCAUCUCAUCAGGAGCAUGCCCAGAUAUUUUCUCAUGCUAUCAGCAAUGAUAAGGACAAUAAAUAUAGCUGUGAGCAGCAAUGAGGGGACCAAGCAGAGACGUGCAACAGUUGCUAGGAAAUAGGUUGUUAGAAUAACAAGGAAAAAGUCUUAAGAUCUGCCAGCAAGUUGUAUGGUAAAACACACUUGUAUUAAUUACAGCCCCCAUAAGCUGCACUGACACCGAAUUCCUUGUGAAUCCUCGGGGAGGGGUCCAAAAGACUACUGUGAAGUUUGGUCUUAAUAGGCCAAAUCUCUGAGCUGAGAUAUGAACUCAUUUCCUUUUUGGUGGCUUUGCCAUCAAAUUCAAUUACUUGUUGCAGGAAAAUGCUUCUGCAAACCAAACUGAAAUGUGAUGUACUUGCUCUGAAGAUCAUACAUACCACAUUUUGUGAAAAUUGGACAAAAUUAGUGACUUGUGAAUUUUUUUUUCACUUUGUAUAAAAUCCAAUAUGGCAGCUCAGUCAAUUCAGUCAACAACAAAACUUGGUACUUAUCAGACUCGGGACCUCUGACAGUAUUAGCUGAGAGACACAUUUCAUUGUACAUGUGAACACAUGAACUGUUAUAGGGCAAAACACAUUUUUACCAAUUAUAGCGCCACCUAAAGGUCAAUGUCACCAAAAUUCCCGUGCUUUCUUUUUGAAGGUUCCUGAGUCAACAUACCAAGUUUGGUUUUGAUAGGUUAAAGUCACAGAUUGAAUGGCUCUGACAGGCAAUCACUUAGAAAAUGAUAUCAUGCAUUGAACUCCACUAGAUCCAAGGAUUACAAAGGUACCUCAAUUUCAAAAACUGGCCACGUGGGUCACAAGUUAUGGUUACUUAUGCUUCUCCAACUUUGCCCCAAAGGUGGCACUACAGUGUUUAAGGUAUUGGCACAUACCUUGGUGAACCUGAUAAUGAGACUGUCCUGAGGAAGUGUGCCAUAUUUCAUAACUUUUGAGCAGACGGUUCUAGGGGCUGCCACAGACUCCCUUUGGAGAGGAAAAACGUUAAUGAUGAUGAUAUAAAACCUACAACCACUAUGGGUGCCUGCAUCCUUGUUGCUUGGCACCCAACAAGAAACAAAACUAAAGAGAAAUUGGCCAGGAAGGAUAAGCAGAGAGCAAUGGUCCCUGGCCACCAUCUGGAUAACUAUCCAGGUGGUUUCCACAUUUUGGGGGUUUGUCUUAUUGUUUUUUUCUCCGGUGCAGCUGUUGUCACUUUCAUUUGCACCAAAGCAGGUGAAAUAGAUUCACAAUGGUUUAUGCUUGUUUUUCUCUUUUUUAUUUAUUUUAGCAUUUUAACUAUGUAAUACAAUAGUAAACCUCAUCCCACUGUGAUGUCAGACUGCUGAUGCGAACGUCGCUGUGCCAGCAGACACUGCACGUAAUGGGUGGUACAGCAAUUAGAUGGCAGAUCAUUGUAAUCAGAUAUAGCGACAAGUUGUUGAGCAGAGUUUAUUUUCCCACUCUCUGUUUAAUAAUGAUAAACAAGGAAAAAAACAAUCUCUCAGUCUUGGUUUUAAUACUGUUGUCUAAUCUCUCUUUUCAGAUACAUUAAGUGUACAACAUGAAUUCAAGAGAGUGGAGUUUGUAUGUAGUUAAAUCCCCAAACCUCAAAGGACAGUAGUGAGGAAGCGGGUGUCCUGAAGACGUGGGCUGGUUUGAGACCAGAUGACCCCGGUCAACAUGGAGUCCUGGUGAGCCACCUUCAGCCACCAAGGAGCUGCUGCAAACACAAGUUAGCAGGAGACAGGAACAGUCGGCGCCAAGUGAAACCCCACCUUUGUUCACUUUACUGCCAAAAGCAUUCUCUCCUCUACCUUCAUACACAUGCGAACUUGAGUGACAUCCCAUUCUUAAACCAUAUGCCCACCCUUUGCAGCUAUAAUAGCUUCAACUCUUCUGGGAAGGCUUUCCACGGGUAUAGGAGUGUUUAUGGGAAUUUUUUGCCUUUCUUCCAGAAGGGGCCGAGCGUAACUCCUGAAAAACGACCCCACACUUAGAGCUGAGCUGUAUUUUUCUUUUUACAUAAAUUUAGCAGACCCUUUGUUAUCCAUGGACAGUGACUGUAUUUAUGUUUUCUAUUGCUUUAUUGAGCAGUUUAUGUUACACAGUAAUAUAACUAUUCAAAGGAAUUCCAAACAUGCACCUUUGACAUCUUGUUUCUGAUAUAUUUCACCCCAGUU